CAGACAGGUGAACAGGUGAACAGGUGAUGAUGCUGCUGGUGCUGGUUCUGUUCGGCGUCUGGCUGAACUCGUCCUCGGCCGCGAAGCUGGGGGUGGUGCAGACGGAAGGGGGGCAGGUGGAGGGGAAGAGCCACAGGAUGGGAUUCUUCAGGACCGUCGACGUCUUUAAAGGAAUCCCCUUCGCUGACGUCCCCGGAAAGUUCGAGAAGCCAAAACCUCAUCCUGGAUGGAGCGGAAUCCUGAAGGCCACAAAGUAUCGGGAUCGCUGCCUGCAGGUGACGCUGCUGCAGACAAAAACCCAGGGCAGCGAGGACUGUCUCUACCUGAACAUCUUUGUUCCACAGGGACGAUCAUUGUCCACCAACCUCCCAGUGAUGGUGUACCUGUUUGGCGGCGCCUUCCUGUUGGGAGCGUCUAACGACGUGGCGAUCCUCGGGGACUCUCUGUACGAUGGGAAGGAGAUGGCCGACAGAGGCGGGGUCAUCGUCGUCACGGUGAACUACCGAGUCGGUACGCUGGGUUUCCUCAGCACCGGAGACGCCCGACUGCCAGGUAACUAUGGACUGUGGGAUCAGCACGCUGCCAUCUCCUGGGUCCGCAGGAACAUCGAGGUGUUCGGAGGAAACCCUGACAACAUCACCAUCUUUGGCCAAUCAGCCGGAGCCGCCAGUGUCAGCUUCCAGAUGCUGUCUCCCCACAGUAAAGGCUUGUUCCGCAGAGCGAUCACUCAGUGUGGUGUGGCUCUCAGUCCCUGGGCUCUACAGACCAAACCCAUGGCUCUGACCAAGAAGAUCGCCCGUAAGGUCGGCUGCUGGAGAAGUAACCAGGACGAGAUGUUAACGUGUCUGAAGAUGAGCGACCCGGUUGGUCUCACCAUGGCGGGAAAAAUCGAUGUGCUGCUUAUUCUUGGAAAAGGUGUGGUCAUGGAUCUCCUUGAACUCGCUCCAGUGGUCGAUGGUGAUUUUAUUCCAGAUGAACCCAGCCGGCUGUUCCACAACACCGCUCAGUUUGAUUACAUGGCUGGAGUCAACAGCAUGGACGGACACAUUUUUGCCGGAGUCGACGUUCCUUCAAUCAACAACAAAACUUCCACCACCCCUGUGAAGCAUGUGAAGGGUCUGCUGGCCGGUCUGACUAAAGAGAAGGGGAACGCUGCCGUCGACUCGGCCUACAGCGUUUACUCGUCUAACUGGGGGUCGUUUCCGGAGCAGGCGGUGGUGAAGAAGACGGUGGCCGACAUCGAGACAGACUUCCUGUUCCUGGUCCCGACUCAGAUCGCCCUCCAGCUCCAUGCCAACAAUACCAGUGGAGCCCGUACCUACUCCUACCUGUUCAACAUGAAGACUCGUAUCCCAGGGUUCCCUCGCUGGGUGGAGGCGGAGCACGCCGAGGACCUGCAGUACCUGUUUGGUAAACCCUUCACCACCCCACUGGUCUACUUCCCCCGACACCGAGACCUGUCCCGGUACAUGAUUGCAUACUGGACCAACUUCGCCAAGACCGGUGAUCCCAACAGAGGUGACAGAGUCCCAGUUCCCUGGCCCCCCUUCACCAGACACCACCAACCCUACCUGAGCAUCAACCACAAGAUCAACAAGUCUUCCAUCAGCUACGACCUGAGAUCACAGUACGUCACCUACUGGACCCAGACCUACAGCAGCCUGCCGUCAAUAAAGAGAGAAGAAGAGGACGAGACGGAGAACUGAGCGCUGCUGUUUAUUUUGAACACUGUUAAUUACAAACCACUGGAAUUGUUUAUAACUGUAUGAAGGAUUAUUAACAAUGAAAGAAAAUGAGGAUUACAAUGAAUAAACGCAGAUAAAAGAGAUAAACCA